CUGGCGCGGCCGGUGGUGGCGGUGGCGGUAGAGACCUGAAUCUUGCAGUUCGCGGCGGCGCUGGGGCGCAGCCAGGCGGCGGCGCCGGCGGAGACCGAGGCUGAGCUCUGAGCUACCCGUGCGCACAGCUUUGCCCGUCCCCCAGGAGCGGACCCCACACACCCUUCGUCUGUCCCUGGGGUCUUUGAGCCCCCCACGAGUGCCCUUCCAUCUCCUUGAGUGACUACAGCGUGUGUUUUGUUUUUCUUCCUUCUUCCCCUGCCCGUGUACCCUUCUCCAGGAUGGCAGAGGCGGAAUUGCACAAGGAGAGGCUGCAAGCCAUAGCAGAAAAAAGAAAGAGGCAGACAGAAAUCGAAGGGAAGAGAAGGCAGCUGGACGAGCAAGUACUGCUGCUGCAGCAUUCCAAGUCUAAAGUACUCCGGGAAAAAUGGCUGCUGCAGGGUGUGCCUGCGGGAACAGCGGAGGAGGAGGAAGCCAGGAGGCGGCAGUCUGAAGAGGAUGAGCUCAAAGUCAAGCAGCUUGAAGAUAACAUUCAGAGGCUGGAGCAGGAAAUACAAGCGCUCGAAAGUGAAGAGUCCCAGAUAUCUGCCAAAGAGCAGAUCAUCCUCGAGAAACUGAAGGAGACAGAGAAAUCCUUCCAGGACUUGCAGAAGAGUUUCUCCACGGCUGAUGGAGCUAUAUACGCCAUGGAAAUUAAUGUGGAGACAGACAAACAGACAGGAGAGACCAAGAUUCUCUCUGCAUCCACCAUUGGCCCAGAGGGGGUCCAUCAGAGAGGAGUCAAAGUCUAUGAUGAUGGUACCAAAGUAGUUUAUGAGGUGCACUCAGGAGGCACCGUGGUAGAAAACGGAGUCCACAAAUUAAGCGCAAAGGACGUGGAAGAACUAAUUCAGAAGGCUGGACAAUCAAGCUUCAGGGGACACAUGUCGGAAAGGACUGUUGUUGCGGAUGGGAGCCUGGGCCAUCCCAAGGAACACAUGCUCUGCAAAGAAGCCAAGUUAGAAAUGGUGCAGAAAUCCAGGAAAGACCCCGCUUCGGGAAACCCCGGGCAGCAGGCUCAGCCCGCCAGCACGGAAGGGCCAGAGGCAAACCUGGAUCAGCCCGUCACCAUGAUUUUUAUGGGCUACCAAAACAUCGAAGAUGAAGAGGAGACGAAAAAGGUGCUAGGCUAUGACGAAACCAUCAAGGCCGAAUUAGUCUUGAUCGAUGAAGACGACGAGAAAUCGCUAAGAGAGAAGACGGUGACGGACGUGUCCACCAUCGAUGGGAACGCGGCCGAGCUGGUGUCCGGGAGGCCCACGUCCGACACCACAGAACCCUCAUCCCCAGAAGGCAAGGAAGAGAGCCUGGCCACAGAACCAGCCCCAGCAUCUGGGUGGUCCAGUGUGCUGCUACAGGGGGAUGAGGCAACUGCAGAUCUCAUAGGAACCGUAGGAACCGGUGCAGACAUGGCCAUUGAGAAGCCUCCCCAGCUUUCUGAGGAUGCUAACCAGCUGAGAAGCAAGCAGGACGACUGUGGUGACAUUCGCCCGGAGCCUGCUGCCAGCUCUCCCUCCCCAGAUCACAAAAACAUGGAACUUGAGGUGUCUGUGGCAGAAUGUAAAAGUGUGCCUGGAGUCACCUCUACCCCCCAUUCCAAGGACCACUCUUCCCCCUUAUAUUCGCCCUCACACAAUGGCCUCCUCGCUGAUCACCACGAGUCCUUAGAUAAUGAUGUUGUCAGAGAGAUCCGAUAUCUAGAUGAGGUGCUGGAGGCCAAUUGCUGUGACUCCUCUGUGGAUGGAACUUACAACGGAAUCUCCUCCCCAGAGCCUGGCGCGGCCAUACUGGUGAGCAGCCUGGGCUCACCUGCCUAUACACCUACCCCUUCAGCUACUCAGGCCGAACCCACUGAGAAAGCAUCUGGCAGGCAGGUGCCUCCUCACAUUGAGCUCAGCAGAAGCCCUUCUGACACCAUGGCUGAAGGAGAAAGAGCCAAUGGGCACGCCACUGACCAGCCCCAAAGCAUGCUGGGGGAUGGCCUGCAAGCCCCUGCCAGUCCCAGCUCCUCUACCAGCUCGCACUGCUCCUCCCGAGACGGAGAGUUCACGCUCACCACGCUGAAGAAGGAGGCCAAGUUUGAGCUGCGUGCCUUCCACGAGGACAAGAAACCCUCCAAACUCUUCGAGGAGGAUGAACAUGAGAGGGAGCAGUUCUGCGUGCGGAAAGUGAGGCCCUCCGAAGAGAUGCUCGAGCUGGAGAAGGAGCGGCGGGAGCUCAUUCGGAGUCAGGCCGUGAAGAAGAAUCCAGGCAUUGCUGCCAAGUGGUGGAAUCCCCCCCAGGAAAAAACUAUUGAGGAACAGCUGGACGAGGAACAUCUGGAGUCGCACAGAAAGUACAAGGAGCGCAAAGAGAGAAGGGCACAGCAGGAACAGCUACAGCUGCAGCAACAGCUGCAGCAACAACAACAGCAGCUGCAGCAACAGCAGCAACCGCCCCUGUCCCAGCUCUGCACAGCUCCAGCUUCUCACGAACACCUAGACGGCAUUGAACGCACCAAAGAGGAUGUGGUCACCGAGCAGAUUGACUUCUCUGCGGCACGCAAGCAGUUCCAGCUGAUGGAGAAUUCCCGGCAAACGUUGGCCAAGGGCCAGAGCACACCACGGCUCUUCUCCAUCAAGCCGUUCUACAGACCUCUUGGAUCCCUCACCUCAGAUAAGCCGCCAACCAUCUUGCGACCAGCAACCCUUGGGGGACCUCUGGAAGACUGCAGCACCCAGGCAGCCAAGGGGCCGAGAGGGUCCUGUGUAUCUGAGAGCCAGUCUCCAGGGGCAGGCCCGGGUAGCACUGCCACUCAGGGAAAGGAAGGGCCGUACAGUGAGCCUUCCAAACGUGGGCCCUUGUCUAAAUUGUGGGCAGAGGAAGGGGAGUUCACGAGCGCCCGGGCUGUUCUUACUGUAGUCAAGGACGAAGAUCAUGGGAUUUUGGACCAGUUUUCAAGAUCUGUCAACGUGUCUUUGACCCAAGAGGAGCUGGACUCAGGUGUGGACGAGCUGUCUGUGAGGUCUCAGGACACCACGGUCCUGGAGACUCUGUCCAAUGACUUCAGCAUGGAUAACAUUAGUGACAGUGGAACUUCCAACGAGACACCCAGUGCCCUUCAGGAAAACUCUCUGGCUGACUUCCCUCUGCUCCAGACUCCCCAAACAGACAACCCCUCAGAGGGCCGAGAAGGAGUCUCCAAGUCCUUCAGCGACCACGGUUUCUAUUCUCCUUCUUCCACACUGGGAGAUUCCCCAUCAGUCGAUGACCCCUUGGAGUAUCAGGCUGGGCUUCUGGUGCAGAAUGCCAUCCAACAAGCCAUAGCUGAGCAGGUAGAUGAGGCUGCACCGUACACCAGCAAGGAGGAGCCAGAACAGCAGGGACCCAAAGCAACAGCCGAGGAAGCCGAAAGCCCAGCUUCUGGCACCGGGAAACCCCAGAGCAUGUUUGCGCCACCUCAGGUGUCCUCUCCUGUUCAAGAGAAAAGGGAUGUGUUACCAAAGAUCCUCCCCGUGGAGGACAAGGCACUCAGGGAAAAGGGGCCCUCCCAGCCAUUGGCCGCCGUACAGCCCAGCGGGCCAGUCAACAUGGAAGAGAGCAGGCCCGAAGGAGGCUACUUCAGCAAGUAUUCAGAGGCAGCCGAGCUGAGAAGCACAGCCUCCCUCCUGGCCACGCAAGAGUCUGAUGUCAUGGUUGGGCCCUUCAAACUGAGGUCCAGGAAGCAGCGGACUUUGUCCAUGAUCGAAGAAGAGAUCCGAGCAGCCCAGGAAAGGGAAGAGGAGCUGAAGCGACAGAGACAAGCGGCACAGAGCGUACCCAGCCCCAGGGCCAAGAACGCCCCAUCGCUGCCUUCCAGAACUCCCUGCUACAAAACUGCUCCAGGGAAAAUAGAGAAAGUCAAACCUCCUCCAUCCCCCACUACCGAAGGUCCCAGCUUGCAGCCUGACUUAGCCCCUGAAGAGGCUGCCGGAACCCAGCGGCCCAAGAACCUGAUGCAGACCCUCAUGGAAGACUAUGAGACACACAAAUCUAAAAGGCGCGAGCGAAUGGAUGAUAGUAGUGUCCUGGAGGCCACACGGGUUAAUCGAAGAAAGAGCGCUCUGGCCUUGCGCUGGGAGGCAGGGAUUUAUGCCAACCAGGAGGAGGAGGAGGGCAAUGAGUAGACUUCCUUCAGCCCAGGAAACUCCUUUGCUGAAGGAGUUUCUGCAAAGAAACCAAGAAAUGAUGAAUUCAGAAGCAUUUUAACGGACUAUUUAUUGAAGUGCAUACAAACUCAACAGUUCUCAUGUAGACCAGAAGCUGCAAUGCACGAUGGUAAAAAGAUAAACAAAUAAAACAAAAAGAAAAAAAAAAGCGAAGAAGUCCACCCAUCAAACUCUUGAGACCAGAGAGUCAGAAGAGAAAGGACUUCUUCAUGAUUCAAAGAAGCCCCUGGCUUUGGACCAUUCCACAACCAAUCCAAAGGGACACAGACCUGACGAUAUGAGUCAGCAUAGCUGCCGCAGGCAGAACUAAAGCCAGCCUUGGCUGGGUGACAGGGAGCAAGCGGUGACACAGUCGUCCCAUUCCGAGGCGUCAAACAGGGCCCGGGCUGGUACAGUCUACAGCAGACAGGCUCUCUAUUCCCCCACACCAGCUUCCAGCCCUUGCUCUCCUGAGGCAUCAGACAUGUUGGGUUGACUCCGUUUUCUCCAGCAGCCAUAAAACGAGUGGUCUUUCUUUCCAAAGUUGCCCAAAGGGGGCAGUGAUGAUUCAAUCUCGCUUAUGUGAAAUCAUUUUUAAUUGGGAACACUCAAUGGUCGCAUAUAUAAAGACCUGUAUUUUUAAGACAAUAUCUCUUCAUGUUGCAGAUGCAAUCUGUUCUACGGUAGGAGGUUGAGAAUGCUAGGGGAGAGAGCCAAACCAAAUGGGUUAUUAGCUUUAGAACCUUCUGCUUAUCCUGGUGACUGGUCAUUUUAGGAAAACACUUUCACAGUUCUGUUUCUUCAUACUAAAACUAUAUUUAGCGGGCAAUGACUAUUUUUAUGAUGGGAUGGGGGAUAGGAACAUGGAUAAAAUCUGUACCCAGUAAACAGCUUGGUUCGAGAUGGUAGGGAUGUUUUGAGAAUGGCAAUAAUUGAAAAAAAAAAGGGGUGCAGGCUCUGCCUCAGAAGGGUAUAGAUGAUCAGAAGUAUGGUGUGUAUAACUAUUUUGUAUUUUAAAGUGGGCCUUAGAAGUGGCUGGGGCAUAGGGUGACUCUCUUGGAUCUGAGAAAGGCAACGUUAAAGCCACGGAGGUAAAGAGAGAAAUGGGGUGGGAGGGAGAAAGACUGGGAAAGGAAGGAAGAGAGAUUAUUUUUUGCUGAAUAACCAGUGUUUUUCAGGAUGACAAAGAGAAAAAUAUAGAAUAGAAAUUUUAAGUACAGACAUGGAAUCAGCUACAAAUCCUAAAGAUGGUGUGUGUGCCUCCUUGUGCCUGUAUAAAGAGUGUAUGUUCGCGAGCAAGGAUAUGACAUGUGUGUGCGUGUGUGUGUGCACAUGUGCGUGUGUGUGUGCGCAUGUGUGUGUGCAUGCGUGUGUGUGUGCGUCCGUGUGUGUGUGUGUGUGUGUGUGUGUGUGUGUGUGCAUGCAUGUGUUAAAAUUUCAGGUUGAUUGUGACACAUGGCUGUCUGCCAGCUUCAGGAGUGAGUGAGAGUUUUCUUUUUUAUGAAAAGGGAUAUCAAGGCACAGGGCUGGUGCGGUAUUUCUUAUAUUGAACCGACCUAACGUGGUGUUUGCGUGACUCACAAUUGUGAAGUUUGGUGCAGUUUUGUAUUGGUGAUUUGACAUUUAGACCACAUCCUAUUUAUUCUCAUGCUUUGUAUUCAUGCAUCACGGACUAUAGAGGAUUCCAGCUUUACUCUUUCUGUCAUUUAAAGCAAUAUGAUAAGGGCAUUCACUAAUCAGGUGCCCUGAGUUUCUGGAUGAGGGAAUGUUUCAUUUCUGGCAAGGAGGGGAAGGGGGGGAGAAGGAGUGGGAGGGGGAGGAGGAAAAAGAAGAACUAACCAGCCUUCAUUAUUUUCCCUUUAUUUUAAAGACAAUUUCUUAAAAAGCAAUAAUUAAAUCAGACCUUGCUAAAAUCUAUUUUUGUUUUAUGUUAUUAUGUCAUAGGAUUUAAUAUGUUAUUCUAAUAAGUAGCGACUCCACAAUAUUUAUAUGUACCUUCCAACGUGUUAUCUUUUCUCUUUUUAUUAUACUAGCACUGACUUUGGGGGAAAGCUUAUUCACUGGUAAGUGGUGGGCACGAGGUAAAAAGGAAUUGCCUGAUGACUUACAAGGAUCUUUAAGAACUGCCAAGGGACCCUGUAACUCGAAGCCAAAGUCUACAGAUGGUAGCCAGAUUAUACGAGGGGAGUGCACACUGUCUUUAGAUGGUUCGUUCUUUUAGACAUAAUGUUUUUAAAAAUGCUAGACUUUGGGGCAGAGAACAAAUGAGACCUUUGCUGCUGCAAGGAAUUUGCUUCACAGUAAGGGAAACUGGCCCAGAGCAAAUGUUCUGGCACAUGACAUCCGUGUCGGAUUAGAAGUCCUGCUAGCUAGCACACUGGAGGGCACAGCUUUGUCUAAGGAGUUCCAGCUGGAGGCCCCAACUGCCUGGCCUGAGAACACAAUGAUGUGGGUGUCCCUUCCCUUGGGAAACAGGGAUAAGUGUCCCAGGGCCCUACCCAGUAGCACCUAGAGCUAGAGAGUGAGAUAGUACUGGUCACAGAAGAAGAAAACUGGCUGCCUCAUGUUUUCUGGGAUCUGCUGGAGACUGUAGAGGCAGUGCAAACAACUCCCUCAGUUUUCCCAAGAUGAAAUGGUCCUCAUGAUUUCCUUAAAUUUCAUAUCCUGUUUGGAAGGGAACCUUGGACCCACACGGAGGGUACACUGAGGAAAGAAUCGGCAGCUGGAGCCCACACAAUCCAUGGGGUCACUUCGGUGGUAGAUGAAGUGGUCUUUUGACUGCAGUAGCUUGAACAAGAAGUUCUGAAGGGUUGGGGAUUAUAGAGCCGGGGACCUUGGGCCAUACUCCAUUUGUGGGUAAGGAGAGGCCCAGUUUCUUCGACUCUUUCCUGCUCACACAGCUUUUUUUCCAUGGUGGCCCCUCCAUUUCCUUGUUUUCCUGGUAUCCCUCAAUUCUAAUGGCUCCCAUUUGUUUCCUCGCUCUCCUUGCUGAUGGUUCUAGAAUAUUCUAUUUAAAUAGAAAUCACAGUUUCAUGGGAGAGCCAGCUUUUCUCUGUUCUUGGUGGGGUGGGGGGUGUUUAAUUCUUUUUCCUUAUUCAAGAAACAUUUGAGCCAUUGCUUUGGGCGUCUCCUUGUGCUAGGCUCUAGGAUCCCACAUGGGCCCCAUCACUUUCCUGACAUGAUCCAGCAGGUCCCUGGAGGAAAGUAUGCCCUGCCCCAUAGGCCCCAGGCGAGAGGUUCCUCAUGAGUUUUGCCUCUGACGCUCUGCUCUACCCUGCAUCAAAGCUUGUUAGUCUCAACUGUAAGAAAUGUGUAGCUUCCGUAGAUGUUCACAACCCUCCUGAGAGAACUCCACACCACAGUGUUUGUACGCCCACUUCCCUCCAGAGCCAAGGCUAACAGCCUUGGCUGUCUUAUCUAGGAAUAAAGGAAGCAGGACACGGUGCAUGUCCCUUCCGCUUACCCAUGCAUGCUGCCCACCCUAGGCAACAACAUAGAAACAGUAUAUAGAUCAGUGUCCACACACACAUUCACGCACACACGCGCACACACACACACACACACACACACUAGAACAAGGAACACCAAAACAGUGUUGAUUGUUGUCUUUAAAGAUAUUUUUUUCACCUGAAGAAUGGAUUUAAACUAUGUAUUAAAAAAAAACAAAAAACAAAUAGCCUAAGUGUUAGAGAUGGUGAAUAUAUCCAGUUUCAGUUACACAACCAAUUUACUGGAUUUUAAGCGUUCCGUGAGCUGCCAAGUUUUAUUUUGUGUUGCGCUUUAUCCAAAUGAUUUUUCCUUUUUUUUUUUUUAAAUUGGAGGAAGGGUGGGUUGGGGGGGAUGAGGGGCAGCAGCAAUACUGUGUUUGAAAAUAUGAUACUCUGUACCUGGCUUUCCUGUGUUAUGUUAACCACUUAAAUGUUUUUAUUCUGCUUCAGUUUUAUAGUGACUGUGAAGGCGGUCCAUGCAGCUAUACAGUUAUUUUCUCAAUAAAACUCAACACGCG